AUGCAAACGUUAACAUUUGUCUUAAGUUUUCAUUUUUCACUUUCAACUGCUUUUUAUUUCCAUGUAGGGGAACGAGAGGAGAAAUGCAUCAUGGAAGACAUUCCAAGAGACACACUGAUAACAGUGACUUUCAAGAUACAGCAAUGGGACAUACGCAGACAAGAUUUCCUUGAAUCUGCUCCUGGCUUGGGAAUGUUUGUGACUGUUAGAACUUACAAUGAUGAGGUAUUAUUGUCCAAGUUAUAUGGCCCACAAGGAAGGUUCUAUUUUACUUCACAUUCACCUGGCGAACACAUCAUUUGCUUGGAAUCUAAUUCUACGAGGCUUGUGUCGUUUGGUGGGAGUAAGCUGCGGAUCCACUUAGAGGUUCGAGUUGGACGACAUAACCUUGAUGCAGCCAUUGCUCAAGCGAAGGACAAAGUUAAUGAAGUUAGCUUUAAGCUGGAACAUCUAAUUGAGCAAAUCGAGCAAAUAGUCAAAGAACAGAACUAUCAAAGGGACCGUGAAGAAAAUUUUCGAAUGAUCAGUGAAGAUACAAAUAGCAAUGUUUUAUGGUGGGCUUUUGCACAAACAUUAUUCUUUAUCUCAAUCGGAAUUUUCCAAAUGAAAUACCUUAAAGACUUCUUUAUAGCUAAGAAACUCGUUUAAAAUGUUAAUAAAGACAAACAACUACCUGCUAAUUUACAUAAUGUUUGAGUUAACCAAUCAAAAUACAUUCAUAACCAUGCACUGCUUUUAUCAUUUCAAAGAUAAUUAGAGAUUGAAAUAAUGUUACACUGAUAAAAUAUUACUUUAACUAUGUAGCCUUUGAGCUUGAUUGAAUAAGCACAUCAUCCAGUUCUUAUUUUAGCUUGGUGUAGAUCAGCACCGUCCCAUAGAAAUAAAAUGUAAGCUACAUAUGUAAAUGUUACGUUUUCUGCUUGCCACAUUAAAAAGGUUUUUUUUAGAAGGGUAAAAUUAACCCUAGUGAUCUGUAUUUAACCCAAAACACCAAAAAUAUUACCAUCUUAAUUCGUAAACAGUAAGGUUCCUGAGAUAGUUCAUGUUGCUUUUCCGAUACGAAGUCUGAGAACCCCAAGCAUGUGCUAUACUCAAAGCACAGGUCAGUUUGGCCCAGCGCAUUUCAAGGGCCCAGUGGUCACAUGACAUUCACAGCUAGGACACUGGACAAAGGGAGAACACCCUUUCCCCACCACUG